AUGGGCUCUAUCGAUACAAGUCGUGGCGAUGCCACAAUUUUCAAGUCUAGUGCACCUCUCACAGGAGGAAAGCGACUAAGGGAAUUAUUGAAAGACCCGUCGAAGGUUGUGGUUUGCCCUGGGGUUUUUGAAGGGUUGACAGCUCGCUUGGCCAUCGCCGCCGGAUUCGACGCUAUGUACAUGACUGGUGCCGGUACAUCGAUGUCUCGUUUAGGCUGGGCAGAUUUAGGCAUGGCAACAUUAAAUGACAUGCGGAGUAACGCCGAGAUGAUUGCAUCGCUUGAUCCCUCCGUUCCAUUGAUUGCGGAUGCGGACACCGGCUACGGCGGACCGAUCAUGGUCACCCGGACGGUUACUCAAUACGCUCGCUCAGGCGUUGCCGCUUUGCAUAUUGAAGACCAGGCAUGUCGCCAGGACACACAGGUACAAGAGAAACGAUGUGGCCAUCUCAUGGGAAAGCAGAUUGUGGACCGUGAUGUCUACUACAGCCGAUUACGAGCAGCAGUCGCCACCCGAGACUCAUUACAGUCAGACAUGCUCAUCAUCGCCCGAACAGAUGCGAAUCAGACUUAUGGAUUUGACGAAGCAAUUGAGCGCCUCCAAGAAGCUGUCCGCAUAGGGGUUGACAUCGUUUUCUUCGAGGCAAUCAAGACCAAAGAAGAAGCAGUGAAGAUUUGCAAGAUCUUCGAGGGCACGCCUUGCCUUCUGAACGUUGUCCCCGGUGGCGUCACGCCUUUGUCAACGGUCGACGAAGCUCGGGAAUGUGGGUUCCGGAUUGUCAUCUACCCGGGUCUCUGUAUGGAGCCGAUGAUUUCGUCGGUGAGGAAAGAAUUGCAGGUUCUGAAGAAGACGGGCCAGCCUUCUCCCUCUGAUCCGGAAAGUGGGGUCAGAGCAGCUUUUGUCCUCGCUGGUCUUGAAGAAUGUAUGGCGAUCGAUAAGUUGGCGGGCGGGAAGGCAUAUACUGGAGUCUGA